AUGGAGCGGCUGCCGAACGAGGUGCUGCUGCUGGUGUUUCAGUGGCUGCGCGUGCGGGACCGGCUGGUGGCGGCGCGCGUGUGUCGGCGCUGGGCCGCGCUGGCGCUGCGGGCCGCGCUGCACGUGCAGCGCCGCCAGCAGCAGUGGGCCGCCAGCGCCGCGCACACGGCCGUGCUGCUGACCGCGCGCGGCGCCGAGCUGCGUGUCGUGCUGCAGCGGGCGCCGCUGCUGCGCGAGCUCACAGUGCACGCGCGCUUGCCGCUCACGGCCGCCGACCGCGCCGCGCUGCUGCGCCUGCCGCACCUCGACCACCUCGACGUGUUCCACCGCGAGCGCGUGAUCGGCGCCAGCUCAGUGGCCGUGGCGCUGCGGUUGUCCUCGCUUGUGAUCAACGACACAGUAGCGCCGGGCGUGCUGCGCGCGCUGGGCGCUGGGCGCCUGCGGGCGCUGCACAUGUACGGCCGCGCCGCGUACUUCCCGCGCCGCGACCUGCCGCCGUUGUUACGCGCGCGUCGCCUUCAGCUGCGCGAGCUUACGCUGCGCUGCGCCGAGCUGCCCGACGCGGCCUACGCGGCCCUCGGCGCCUGCACCGGGCUCGAGGCGCUGCGCUUGUACUCGUGUUGGCUGCUGACCAGUGCGGGCGCCGCGCACGUGGUGCGGCCACCGGCGCUGCGCGUGCUGCACCUGACGGGCGCGCGCAUGCUGCGGCCCACGCCGCUGCAGGAGUUCCUGCGCUCGCUGCCGCCGCGGCUCGAGGAGUUGGUGUUGAGCGCGGGGUGGUUCGGCGACGAGCACGUGCCGGCGCUGGCGGCGAGCGCUUCCGAGCUGCGGGUGCUGGAGCUGUGGCGUUGCCCACUGUCGGCGGCGGGGGUCUGCGCGGCGGCGGCGGCGCUGCCGCGGCUGUGGGAGCUGGACGUGGACACGGAGCUGGGCGCGGAGGAGCUGCGGCGGCUGGCGGCGCACGGCGCGCUGGCGCGGCUGCGCUGCCGGGCGGCGGCGGGGGGCGGCGCGGCGGUGGGGGCGGGGGCCGCCCCGUGGGCGCUGGCGCCGGCCGCGGCGCGCUACGGGCGCGGCGCGCUGCGCGGCGGCGGCGAGGGCUGGCGCUCGGAGCUGUUCUACCACUGGUCCAGCUCGCUGCGGCCGCUGCCGGAGCGAGCGCCGCCGCCGUCGUUCGACGACGACGAUGAAGACGACUACAGCCUGCUCGAUGUCGCGCCGCCCCGGUACUAG